CCAAGAGCCGUCGGAAUAGCCCCAUCCAGUGCAGACCGUGGUGGACAGGCAAGGUGGCCCCGGGCCAGACCUUCCAGCGAGAAGCAGCUGCAAAUUGGUUCUGCGGGUGCUCACUUCCCGUUUCCCGAGAGCUCCUUGAGGCUUGCGGGGUUGGAGCCAGGGGAGCUUCUAGGCUUCCUGCACCACGGGGGGCGGGACACCUUGCCUGACACCUCCAGAUAACUGGCCUCUGGGGGACCCCUCUGAGACGCUGGCAAAGGGGAACCCGCUUCUUUGCCUGAAGUUCAUACCGGCUAAACAGCCCGCUCGACGAACUUUGACAAGCACCAAAAGAGAAUUGAGAGCAAAUAAAUCAGAAGAAGAGGGAGAGCAAAUGCUCAGACCUCGAUGGCUUUUUUCCCCCUGCUGUCUUUCCAGCUGUAGCCUGGGAUUAAUUAAGUGCUGUGAAGUCAGUGCCUGAGAGAGAAGGGGGAAAAAAAAAAAAAGAGUGCGUUUUAUCUCUAAGGAAGGAGAGCAGUGAGAAACCUGGGGAAGCGACUUGCUCUCAUCGUCAGUGUUUGUGGAAGGGACUGGAGGGCCAGGGUGGCUGUGCCAGGCUGGAGGAGGCUUGCCUUUCCAAAGCUGGAGAGGAUUUCGCGGGGGUCCGCCUUCCCCUGCCUGGGAAGAGUUUCCCCUCUGGUAGCAGCAGCCGGCGCGGCAGCAACAGCAGCCCUACCUCCUCUUCAGGGGAACAGGGCAGAAUGCCUGUGCUAGAGCGCUAUUUCCACUCGGCAGAGCUAGGCAGAAGGUGGACAGCCCCAGAAGGGGUGCUGCCCUCCUCCCCGGGCAGCCCGCCGGGGUGCCAGCAGGGGCCGCUGCCCUGGGACUUGCCAGAGAUGAUCAGAAUGGUCAAGCUGGUUUGGAAAUCCAAAAGUGAGCUGCAGGCGACCAAACAGAGAGGCAUUCUGGAGGCUGAAGAUGCUCUCCACAGCUUUCCAGGAGAUGUACGACUAAGGGGUCAGACAGGGGUUCCUGCUGAACGCCGUGGCUCCUACCCAUUCAUUGACUUCCGCCUCCUUAACAAUACAACACACUCAGGGGAAAUUGGUACCAAGAAAAAGGUGAAAAGACUGCUAAGCUUUCAGAGAUACUUCCAUGCAUCGAGGCUGCUUCGUGGAAUCAUACCACAAGCCUCUCUCCACCUACUGGAUGAAGACUACCUUGGACAAGCAAGGCAUAUGCUCUCCAAAGUGGGAAUGUGGGAUUUUGACAUUUUCUUGUUUGAUCGCUUGACAAAUGGAAAUAGCCUGGUAACACUGCUGUGCCACCUCUUCAACACCCAUGGACUCAUUCACCAUUUCAAGUUAGAUAUGGUGACCUUACACAGGUUUUUAGUCAUGGUUCAAGAAGAUUACCACAGCCAAAACCCAUAUCACAAUGCUGUUCACGCGGCUGAUGUCACCCAGGCCAUGCACUGCUACCUAAAGGAGCCAAAGCUCGCCAGCUUCCUCACACCUCUGGAUAUCAUGCUUGGACUGUUGGCUGCAGCAGCACACGAUGUUGACCACCCAGGGGUGAAUCAGCCAUUUCUGAUCAAAACUAACCACCACCUCGCCAACCUUUAUCAGAAUAUGUCUGUGCUGGAGAAUCACCACUGGCGAUCUACAAUUGGCAUGCUUCGAGAAUCAAGGCUUCUUGCUCACUUGCCAAAAGAAAUGACACAGGAUAUUGAACAGCAACUGGGCUCCUUGAUCUUGGCAACAGACAUCAACCGGCAGAAUGAAUUCUUGACCAGACUGAAAGCUCACCUUCACAAUAAAGACUUAAGACUGGAAGAUGUACACGACAGGCACUUUAUGCUUCAGAUUGCCUUGAAGUGUGCUGACAUUUGCAAUCCUUGCAGAAUCUGGGAGAUGAGCAAGCAGUGGAGUGAAAGGGUCUGUGAGGAGUUCUACAGGCAAGGUGACCUUGAACAGAAAUUUGAACUGGAAAUCAGUCCUCUUUGUAAUCAACAGAAAGAUUCAAUCCCUAGCAUACAAAUUGGUUUCAUGACCUAUAUUGUGGAGCCACUCUUCAGGGAAUGGGCCCGUUUCACCGGAAACAGCGCCCUGUCUGAGAACAUGCUGAGCCAUCUUGCACGUAACAAAGCCCAGUGGAAGAGCCUGUUGCCCAAGCAGCACAGAAGCAGCAGCGGUGGCAGUGAUGGUGGCAGCCCAGACCACACAGACCCCGGGACUGAGAAUGAGGAGCAGCAGACUGUGACUGAAAGCGUCGCCCCCUAGAGCCAGCCAGGACCGCCCCCUGCUCUGCACACUGAGAGAAUGAGACCCUCUUUGGGUAGAGGCCUCCUGAGAGGGUAGAAGCUCUGAGAAGUCCUUGCUGAUAAACCCAGCCAUGGUCUGGGUUUUGUCCUGGGGCUCUUUGGAAUGUCACCCUCCUACUUCUUAUCUGCCUCCCCUCCUUUUUCCAAGUGUAUAGAAGCCAUUCGUCACCUCAGCAUUAGCUGCCGAAAUGAGCAACUCCAUUCAGUAACAGGGGAGCUGAUUCCAGGGGCAAGCCUGCCCCUCAAGGAGAAGACGGAGGAGUGAGUAAGAAAGUGGUGCUUCUGCCAUGUCCCCCAGGGGCCCUGGGUCACAUUGUGACAGGCAGCAGUUCCAACGCCCAGAGCAUUUUAGCAUUUGCCAUCUGACUGCUGAUCUGCAUGACAAAAACACCAGCAUAUUUGGAACUCCAAGGAUAUUGGUCUUAAGUGCAAGAGCACAAUGAGAACGUGAGAGAAAGUACCUUCUAUUUUAAUAAUAAUUAUUUCAAAAUAAUAAUAAAUCUUUUUAACUUUUAUAUUUUAUGCACUAGACAAUGGAUCUAAAACUUUGGACUAAGAUUAUUCAGUGUACCCAAACUUGAACAGGGGGUUCAUUGUUUUCUUACUGACUUUAUGCCACUUUAGGUAAGAGAUCUGGCAUCUUCUCAAUUUAAGAAACUACGUUUCCUAUCUGAUCCGAGGGGAAGGUGCUGUACAGUUCAUUCCUUUGCACCAGUAGCCAAUCUGUCUAUUACCAAUAACUCAUUUUCAGUGACAUGUUUAUAUUCACACAUGUACAUUUUCUGUAAAUACCAAGCGCUACUGAUUCCCAUGCCAAAAUACAUGAGUAUUAUGGGAUUGCUACCUGUAUAAACAAUGGCACUGUGAACAGAAUAAUGUUAGUUUUUAAUACAAGAGAAUGCAUUUGUAAAUAUGGUAUAGAGUUUAUUAAUAUACUAUUGUUUGCAGAUAAAGGCCUUAACUUUAAACAUCUUUCAUCUUCUGAAAGCUGCCCAACUUAAAUCCUCACAGAUGUUCUUCUGAACUGCCUUCCCAUGUCCAUCUUUAUGCUUUCCAGCUAAGUCACAAACCAAAACUGAAUAAAGUCUUUGAGGAAAUAUUUCGGAAACUUCACAUGCAUUCCGCUUGAGACCAUAGUGCUUCAUCUAUGGCACCAAGCACCGUUUCCUCAGAUUCAUGAGACCCUUCCGCAAGCCUGAAGUCACUUUUCAACGCAGAGAUGUUGCACAUUCUGUUUCCACAAGCCCACUGAUAAGCUUGUGUCUAUGUGACUCUUGUCAUGGAACAUGGCGGUGUGUCAACCUCACAGGAGACAUAGCAGGUCUCACAAACCUUCUAUGACCCUGUCAUCCAACCGUCAGGGAAAUCCCUGCUCCCCAACUACACUUUCGUCCAUAUGGCUACAGUACCAAAGCACCUUUGGUUUAUGGUGGGCAUGCAUUGCUUUGGGGUUAAUAGUAACUGGAUUUUUCUUUUUCCUUAAUUUCAUGUGAACUACCCACCCAACUGUUUAGCUGAAGUUAACAUUAUUUAAGUAAAGAAAAUAUUUCAGUUUUCUGACAGAGUUUACCUUCCUGGCAGGACAUUGUGCUUAACUAUGGCUCUAGCUGGCAGAGUCGCCUUGGGACUUGGUUGCCAUUUUUUCUGCAGACACUUGGCCGUAAAUUCAAUUUGUUACAGCAUUCUUCUCUAGUUGGCUAAACUUUGUGCAUUGAACCUUUCCUUUAGAAGUUCUAGCAUAACAAAUGUUAGAUGAAAAUUGGCAAUGCCCCUUUAUUUUUUACCUUAAGCAAUUUGGUAGUGGAAGAAUGAUGAUAUGUUCAUUUCUGCCACUAUCAAGCUGCUUCACAAGCUGAUAGAAUGGCAGCUAACUCUCAUUUCCUAAGUGCAACUGGUUUUUUUUGUUGUUGUUGUUGUUUUCCCUCCUAACAUACGAAUGAAAUGUUCUAAACUUGACUGGAUUGUAACAAGUUCGUGUAGAGAGACUGAGGCUUGCCGAGUUAAGGUUUAGGGGAAAUUUUGUAAAGUUGGUCAUAUUUUUUAAUUAAAGUUGGAGAGACUGUCAGAUAGUACUAAAGAAAGUGUGAAAACCUCAUGAAAUGGGUGGAUGAUAAGUUGAAAUUGUUGGUAGGGGUAAGAAGGGAAGUUGUGAAAACUUAACACUAACUUUAUUUUUUUUCUGUAAUACCUAUGAAUUGACAUGAUUCUUCAUUGCUUUAAUACUAUGAAGUUCUCAGCUUGGUAAGGCCCCAAAAGAGAAUACGUUGAAUGUAUGCCUGCUUCCAAACCUCAUUUACUUUGGUUUAGUGAUGCAGAGAUGGCUUUUGAGUAGUCUCUUUUUAAAAUACAUGAGAUCAUAUCAAGGAAAGCAAUACCCGGGGACGAUAGUGUAGAAAUAAGAAAGAAAAUACUAUUUUAGCUCUACCUUGACGUUAGGAAAUGGACUUUGUUUAAAUUAUAUUUAUAUCAUAACUUAAAUAAUAUUGGGGGCAUUUUUUAGGAGUUCCAAGUUUAUAGGGUAAAAGUGUUUAUGUUACAAUUAGGUCUUGAAGAGCCCACAGAGAAAACUAUCAAAUAUCUGAUAGUUAAGCCUAUGAAGCAGCUACUAGUACAAUAAAAAUCUGAAGUGACAUGAGACAUGAUGCAUAAACUAGGUGAAUUUUUGUCCUCCUUUCAACCACCUGGAGAUUUCUUGAGUUCCUCAUUUUUUGGCAAAAAAGAGAGAGAGAAUGUGAAAACUUUUUUAUUUCUUGCCUACUAGUGACUCUCUUGCAAUAUUUUAAUAGAAGGAGUCCAGUUACUAGUUAAGAUAUAGCUGGUGGAUCACCCGUGGACUCUAUCUUCACAUCCUUCUUCCCCUGGUCCAUGGGCCACCAAUAGCUAACUUAUCGAGUUUAAUUCUUUCAUUGCUUGAGAAGAAAAGAAUCAAAGGGCUAUUUUCAGUAAGCAAAGGUAAAGUUAAAAUCAACUUAAGAGAGACUAUAUAUCACUGCCAGGCCUGAUAGGCAAAGCCUGCUUUUUCCUUCUAACAGCAUCCAUGAAUAGUCAGAACCUUGUUCAUGAAAUCCUGACCUACCCAUCACGCCCUGCUAGGCUGAGUAAAAAUCCAGCUGUUUUUACCUGCUUAAGGCUUCCCGCAAAGGGACUUGGAGUGUGUCCUGCAGCACUGUCUUUGGAUAUCACUUUCUACAAAACACAAACUUGAUUUGUAACCUUUUCUCAUGUAGAAGCACAUCUGCUCACUGAUUUGAAAAUGGGUUAUGAGCUUGUAUUUCACUGUAUUUCUUAUGCUUUGUUCUUUUAAGCAAACCCUUAAAAUUGUGUUGUUUUGUGCACACAUGUGAGGUUUGGAGAAAAAAAAAAAAACCUUGUGAGUUUUUGCUCAAAAUGUGGCCUAAAUAUCCAUUGGCAUGUCUAGAUAAACAGUUAAAAUAAAGAUAAUUUCUUAAAAAUAUAACAAUAUGAAAAUAUCCUGAUUCUCACCAGGUAACACGUUACCAGCUAUCCAGUCGGAUUCUACAAAAAGGAGGAUCCCCUGCUCAGGAGAGGAAACUUUCAAGAAAAAGAGCACAGAUGCAGACACGGUGGUCCAUGUGACUCCUUCCACGAGGGGCUGCAGAAAUAGCCCUGUCCAUAAAGACAUCACUUGCCAGUUAGUGCCAAGUGAGGGAAAGAGGGCCACCAUUCAGCUCUACCUUUCCCCUGAGUCCUAAUAUUUUUUCUGAUUCACAUUUAUCAAGCUCACAUAUGAAAGAGAAUGAGGUACAAUGUUUUACGUUGUGAAAACAUAGCAUUACAUGUUCAAAAUAUGGUCUUGCAUAUAAGGAUUGGAAGCUACCAAGAACAACAGAACAGGACAGGACAACUGAGUGUCCUAAAUUUAUCUGGAGAUAGAGGAGAAAAACUAACACUACACUUGUUUCCCCGAAACACCUUUGUAUGUUUACAUAGUCUCCCCAUAUCCAUUUUAUUAAGAUUUGUAGUCAGAAUCUCACUGAUUUCUUAAUGCCUCCCAUGUCUGAAGGCAAAGCCCCUUUUCCUUUAUGCACACUCUAUAUCAUAAAAUCAAAAUCAAAAGUGACACUCUAGUGGUAUUCCAAGUAAUGGUCAGACAUGGUUUUCAAAUGUAUCUUGGAACUUAGCUGACACAUUGUCCAACUGCCCACAAAUAUUGAUUGAACAUCUACUAUGAGCCAGAGGUUGUGCUGGGUACUUGGGAUAUAAGAAGACCUAGCCCUUCCAGUAGCAUUCAGACUUGUGUCAGAGGCUGGCAUUACCAGUGAGCACUUCCUAGAAAUUCAUGAGCACAUCUAUGUGGGCUCUACUGUUUCUAAAGCUGUCCUCUGGGGUACAGCAUAAUAGAAUGCAGAUAAACUUUGGAGACUAAAAUGGGCCCCAAUCUUGAUUCUGUCACUAACUUACUCUGUGACCUCAGGGAAGUUACUGAACAUCUAUAAAAGUAUUACCAAUGAUAUCUUUACCAUAUAGUUGUGGAAACUAAAAGAGAUUGCAUACAAAAAGCACCAAGCACUUUGUCUGGUACGUGAUAGGCUUUUAAGAGAUGCAAGUUCUCUCAUCUUAAAUUACAAGAAGCUUGGCAGAUAGCUAUCCACAUGUGGGUGAGAAUGUGGAGAACAUACGGGGAAGAAUAUAGUGAAGAAAUGCUGGUGAUUUUACAUUAGGAAAUCAAACUCAUGUUUACAUCUCUUUUUAAAACAGAUUGGUUAAUAGCUGCACUUAUUUGCAAGGUUGGGUAAAAGGACUAGCCCUUCAAUGUGUUGUUCAAAUGGCAGCUCUGCCUUAGCUACAGCCUACUUUUCUGUUUAGUCCUUUAUAUUCUACAGUAGAAGAUAAUGUAUCUUUUGAUUGCAGUUCUUUCAGAAAUUCCUGUGACAGAAACAGCUCCUAAAAACAAAAUGAGCAUCACUUAUCUCCCUUGCAUCUAUGCCACCAAAGCCCUCAUUCUGGCUGGUGAGGAUGGCUCUGGGCCUCCGUGUCAGGCCCUGAAAGUUUGCUGGGCUUUCCCAGGCUCUGCGGGAGCAAGGUGGGUUGGUGCCUCCUGCAUGCACGUGGCUCACACCGCACACACAUUUCCAAACACAUUCUCAGCUAUUGCUUACUGUCCAUUCUAGGGCAGGAGAGAAAGCAGAGGCACUUCUGAACAUCCUGUCGGGGAAGGGAGAAGACAGUUCUGCCUCCAUGGCAAUGUAACGGACAAAGAUUUGAGUAAUGUUUAAACUGAGUAAUGACUAAACAAGGAGCUUUUCUCUGAGAAACAGUCCAUGAUGGGCUUGCUUUUUUUUUUCAGUUAAGCCAAAGAGAUUAUUAGAAAAACUUGAAGUUUUAGCCAAUAUGGCUUGAAGAUGCAUGAUUGCCUUGUCUUAGUCAUCUAAGCAGUGAUAUAUCUUUGAAUCGAUUGUCUGAAAUGCUUUAAAUUCUAGGAUACCCAGGGCUGACUUAUUCUGCAGUAAUUUUUUCCCUUUUAAGGAAGCAAUGUGGUAGACUAAAACAUGUGGACUUUGGAGUCAGAGCAGAAUUCAAAUCCUUCGGCAUCACUUGCUGCUUAACGUUCAGUAGUUAAUUUAAUUUUUCUGAGCCUCAAUUUCCUCACAUACAAAAUGAGAGUGAUACCUACCUCCCAGAGCGGUCAUGAGGUCAACAUUUGAGAACAUACAUAAAACAUAUAGCACAUACAUAAAACAUAUAGGUUUCGAGCAGAAAGAGGGCACUCAAUAAACAUAAAUUCCUACAUAAUUUAAAUAAAAGAAUCUACAAAGUGGGGAUUGGGAUACAUCAUUUGCUUUCUGUAAGUUGUACAAUAUUUGUGCAAAAGGCAGCACAAGAUCCAUUAAUAGACAGUGAGCAUGAUUGUAUCUACAGGUGACUAGUUUGACCAUAAAGUAAUGCUUAUAAUAUGGACAAAACUAUAAAAAUUUAUUAUAGAA